AUGGAAGAAACGUUUGCAAGAAAUAACGUCACUGACCAUACCAGAGAAAGCUCAUCACAGCUGCCUGCCAUACGAAUCGUUGAAGUCGUUCUGUAUUUCACUAUAUCUGUGGUUGGAAUAACAGGAAACAGUAUGAUUUUUCACUCAUUGUUGAGCCGUCAUAGUCUUAGGGUUGGUGAAUAUCUCAUACUGAACUUGGCUCUGACUGACAUGGCAACAUGUGCUGUCAGCAUACCUUUUGACUUGACAGAGCGUCUCAUUGGAGGAUUCCCGUUCGGGUCGAUCAUGUGCUACGUGGUGUAUCCGUUGCAGACGGUCCUCAUGGCGGUCUCGGUGAUCACACUUCUCUCAAUGAGUUUAGAACGUCAGCGCAUAGUAAUGAAACCCUUCCUUCGCCCAAGAGUUCUUCCGAGAAAGGCAAAGAUCGCAGUUUGUGUCUCGUGGAUCGCUCCCAUUUUGGUGAUAAUUCCCUACGCACUUGUACUGAGGCUUGAUGGAGAACACUGCUUGGAAAAAUGGCCCGAGAAUUGGCAUGUUCGAGUUUUCACGCUAACAAACUUUACGAUCUUUUUCGUCAUCCCUAUCGUUGUAAUCGCUACUUCUUACUUCAGGGCGGGGAGAAGAGUACGAUUGGAACUUAGGAAGCUCAAUGAUAUGCUGGAAGGGACCAACAGAUCAAAUAAGGACUACAUCAGAAAGCGCACGAUUCAAAAGCUCAAAGUUACGAAGAUGUUUAUCAUCGUUGUUGUUACGUUUUUUGUGUGCAUGUUGCCCACGCACUUGGUAUGGAUUUGGCACGAUUUUGCACAGGGUGAACAAAACACACACUUUCAGGAUUUAUUAACAUUCAGCAAUAUUGCAAUGUAUUUAAACAGUGCUUUGAAUCCGUUCAUCUUUAGGAGUGUUCGAGGUAAAUCGUUUACCCGACUGGUCACGUGUUGUUGCAAAAAGUUUGGUGCGAACUCACGCGAUUCAUGGAUAUUCCCUCGCUGUAUUUACAUUCAUCACCAAAUGUCUCAGGUGGAACGUGAAAGAGCCAUCAGAGUCACAAGACAGUCUAUCUCUAGAUCAUCUGACGUCUUUGACAUAUUUGAAGUGUGUUACGAGACGAGUGUUUAACUAUCGAGGACCCACAGUUGUCGACUGAUUGCAGAUCACACCCACUUUAUCUCAGUGCAUCUAUAUCGAGCACGCCAGUUCUGCGCUGCACAAUCAUCUUACCCGUGUAUGCCAUGUUCUCAUAUCAUGAUCGAAUGCACUUUCUCAGGGAGAAAUUAUACAAUAUCUCUUUUAAUGCCAUAAUUUUGCUCUAGGUAAGGCUCACUCUUGUGGCGGACAUGAGUCAAAAAAACCCCAAGAAAGGACC